CAGUUCUUCUUGAUUGCAUUUUUGCUGGGCGAUUGUGAUCAACAUUUCGAAUUGAAUUUACUCUUGUCAAAAUAAUUUCUGAAUAAAUAAUGGGCAUCGUGCGGUUAGUACAUUCACUCAGGAAUAGAAAGGACAUGCUGUCACGGUUCGUCAUCAAGUCCACCCUUGUAGGCGGUGUCGUUUAUUAUAGUGUUCAUCAAGGUCUGUGGUCCAAAUCUGAGGACAGCGUGCAGUUAUAUGGGAGGAUCUAUAAUAAUAUCGCACCUUACGUUAAGGACAAUAUCCCUAAGGAAGUCAUCAAUGAACUACCACCGUUGCCAAGUACCAGUGACCUCUCCAAUUCUCUCAAAUCGUCAUGGAAUAAGGGAGUCAUAGCAAGCAUGAAAUUUCUAUCUGAGACUCCAACUCAUGUGACUACCGGUGUACAGAAGAUUUCAGAAAUUAUACGGGGUUAUAUAGAACAACAAAGCGUAUCUGAGAAAAGUCAAUAG